AGGAGAACGAAAUGGGCAUCCAUGAGAUUCCACAGACCAAGAGAGACUCCGUAAUGCAGAUAGUGUGUGCAACGAUGGGUCUGUUAGACAGAAUGACUCUUUACUGGUUUGAUUGAGAUUACACGCAGCUUUGUCAGUGAUGUAGUGACGUUAUCGUUGGUGAACCAAGAGGUUAGAUGUUGCUGAGAGCCUCUCUAGAUCGAAGGAACUGAGAAGAACCAGAGAAAAUGAAGUACAAGAAAUUCAUCACCAUCAUGCAAGCGGCCAUCGGGGUCGCGCCUCUCAACAAGCGGGAGCUGUUGCCCCCCGGCCGGAGGUUAUGGAGACCCUCGGGUGACCAGUCGAACCAAAUAGAGUUAUUCCGAUCAAGCCGCUCCAACAGGAAAAGGAUUUCCUUGCCCUACGAAGCUCAAUAUUUGUGUCUGCGACGCCUCUCUGCUCCGAGCUACCCAGCCCUUUUACAGAACCCAGUCAUGGAGGAGACGGUGUGGGAGCAGUACACUGUGACCCUACAGCGGGACUCCAAGAUGGGCUUUGGCAUUGCUGUGUCUGGAGGGCGGGACAACCCAAACGAAGAAACUGGAGAAACGGCAAUUGUCGUAUCUGAUGUGCUGCAAGGGGGUCCUGCUGAUGGCUUGCUAUUUGAAAAUGACAGAGUGAUGCAGGUGAACGCUGUGGUCAUGGACGGUGCCCCACACACCUUUGCAGUGCAGACGCUCCGCAAAUGUGGCAAAGUAGCCAAAAUCAUGGUAAAGAGAGCUAGAAAAAUUCCCGUCAACGUGCAUAAACGUGCCCCGUCCCCAGAUGACCGUGUUUUCAGCGGCGACUACAACGAUGACUACGAGGACCGGCGCAGCGUCUACAGCGGGCGCAGUUACCCCGACCGGGACACCAGCCUGGAGCGCGAGCGCGAGCGGGACUACGAGCGCAGUCGCGGGAGGAGCAUGGAGAGAGGCGUGAGCCCCGAGAGACCGUACAGACGGGACGGCAGCCGCGGCCGAAUACUGGACCGCGAGCGCAGCCCCGAUCUCCGUCACCGGAGCGACCACAACCUGGAUCGCGACCACAGCCCGGACCGACAUCACCGGAGCGAUCGCACGCUGGACCGCAACUACAGUCCAGACCGGCGCUAUCGCAGCGAACACGCGCUGGACCGAGAGCACAGUCCAGACAGACGAUACCGCAGCGACCGCACGCUGGACCGAUCGCACAGUCCCGAUACACACAGGCCAGAACCUGCCCGCGGAUACAGCAGAGAGAAUCUAGCCAGUGACCAGGAGCGCAGGAGGUACGAGCACCGGCAGGACGAGCCCAUGAAGAGGAGCAACAGUCGAGACCAGCUGGAUGUCUCGCCCGCACCUCAACGACACCAACCCUUGGAGAAGCCGCUCAGUGUUACUCUUCUGAAGAACCGGCCCAAUGAUGAAUAUGGCCUCCGUCUUGGCAGUCAGUUGUUCAUCAAAGAGAUGACGAGCACAGGCCUGGCAUCCAGAGAAGGAAAACUACAAGAAGGCGACAUUAUUCUGAAAAUUAACGGUACGGUCACGGAGAAUCUGUCUCUGAGCGACGCAGGAAAGCUGAUCGAGAAGUCUCGUGGGAAGCUGCAGCUGAUGGUGCAGAGGGAUCGCAGUCAGGUGCUCAUCCGAGUCCCACCCAUGGCAGACAGCGACUCCGAGAUGGAUGAUAUCUCCGAGAUUGAGUCGUACCGCUCAUAUUCUCCUCAGGAAGAUCGGCGGAGCCAUCACUCCGACCUCUCGUCACACUCCUCGAAUGAGAGGCUACAAGACAAAAACAGAGAUGAUCCUCCUAACAGACUGGUUAAAAUGGGAGCGAUGCCGACUCCAUUCAGAGCAGCGCCAGCGGAUCUGCCACCUCCACCUAUAGAGAAAGACGAGCCUCGCAGUGAGUCUCCAGCUCCUGUGGUAAAUGCUGCUCCAAAAAGUGUUCCAGUAAAAGCCAAACCUCUACCAAAAGUUCCCUUGCGGCCCAGUCUGGAGGACCUGGAAAUAUACGGCCCCAACACCGUGAUGGUGCGCUUUCUGAAGGGCGAGAGUGUUGGCCUGCGUCUUGCUGGAGGAAAUGAUGUGGGCAUUUUUGUUGCGGGCGUCCAGGAGGACAGCCCUGCCGAGGUGGAGGGACUCCGCACUGGAGACCAGAUCGUGAAGGUGAAUAAUAUGGAUUUCAGAGGAAUGGUCCGGGAAGAUGCGGUUCUGUAUUUACUGGAGGUUCCCAAAGGAGAGGAUGUGACCAUCUUGUCUCAAAGCAAACCUGAUGUUUAUAAAGACAUCCUGGCGUCUGGACGAGGGGAUAACUUCUUCAUCAGGACUCAUUUUGAGUUCGAGAAAGAGCUUCCUCAGAGCUUGACCUUCUCCAGAGGGGAGAUAUUUAAAGUGGUGGACACCCUGUACGACGGAAAGCUGGGUAACUGGCUCGCCAUCCGCACGGACAAAGACAAUCAGCUCCUGGAGAAAGGCAUCAUACCCAGCAAGAGCAGAGCGGAGCAGAUGGCAAAUGUUCAGAAUGCACAGAAAGGCGCUGGCAAUGACCGGGGAGAUUUCUGGAGGCUGAGAGGUCAAAGGGCAGCCAAGAAGAAAGACCUGCGCAAGAGCAGAGAGGAUCUCAGUGCUACACCGGUCACUACACGCUUCCCAGCCUACGAGAGAGUGGUGCUGCGCGAAGCUGGGUUCAGACGACCCGUCGUGAUAUUCGGCCCCAUUUCAGACGCAGCCAAUGAAAAACUUGGCAAUGAUCUUCCAGAUGAGUUUAUCGUAGCAAAGACCGAACCUAAAGACGCGGGCUCCGACAAGCCGUCUGGUGUGGUGAGACUCAACACUAUUCGUCAGAUCAUCGAGCAGGAUCUACACGCUCUGCUUGACGUCACUCCAAAGGCUGUAGACACCCUAAAUUACACCCAGUGGUAUCCCAUCGUCAUUUUCCUCAACCCAGAUAGCAAGCAGGGGGUGAAGACCAUGAGGAACCGCCUGGUUCCCGGCUCCAACCGCAGCUCACGCAAGCUUUAUGAACAAGCAGUCAAACUGCGGAAAACCUGCUCACACCUGUUCACUGCUACCAUUGAUCUGAACUCUUCCCAUGAUGCCUGGUUUGGAAGUCUCAAGGAAGCCGUACGAGAACAACAAGAUAAAGCCGUCUGGGUCUGUGAAAGCAAGCUUGAUGGACCUGAGGAGGACUUGGAUCUGCAGGACGAUCGCAUGUCAUACCUGUCGGCCAUGAGCGCAGACUACCUGAGCAUGGACAGCCGCCUGACCAGCGAUUACGAGGACACGGCGGACGAGGGCGGCGCAUACACAGAUAAUGAACUGGACGAGUCCACCGACGAUCCACAGCCCAUGUCAGCGAUCAGCCGCUCGUCUGAGCCUGUCAGCGAGGAGAGGCCCAUGCCUGUCCCCCACGAGCGUUCAAAGAAGCCCGCGAGCAGAGAGGUGCAGCGGGACCCCAGCCCGCCUCCAUCGUUUGUUCCAGAACCCCCUAAGGUCAGGUCAGCUUCCCGUCCCGCCGACUCCAGGAGUUUCGACUCCCGUUCCAGCAGCACGAUCAGCAGUGAUGUUCCCGUCAGCACCAAACCCCUCCCACCGCCAGUAGCCCAGAAGCCCAGCUUCAACAUGAAGACGGGCCCAGCUGACGACACGGCCCCUAAAGACCCCGCCGAGGACCCCGCCAGCCGCACCUUCCGGGGAAAGGUGAAGGCCUUCGAGCAAAUGGACAACCUGGCCCGGGCCAAAAGGAUGCAGGAGCUCCAGGAGGCCGAACAAGCACGGCUGGAAAUAUCUCAGAAACAUCCAGAUAUUUACGCAGUUCCCCACAAACCCAAACCAAAUCAAAACAGGCCACAACCAAUUGGUGAUGGCUCUAUUCCCUUCAGCUCCAGCUCAAACUCUGAGUCCCAGAGCUCCUCCAAACCCCAGUAUUCAGAGAGCCGCUCUCACCACCGCGCCGAGGAUGAGGACGAGGAAGAGUAUCGCCGCCAGCUGGCUGACCAGAACCGCAGAGGCUAUUACAAUCCCAAGAAAUACAACGACACUGAACUCUAACUCCCUGUGAUGUGCCAUUAACCUCGUGGGAUCUGUGCAUGUCAUCAGAGGAAGAGUGUGUGUGUG